CUGGCCCCGCCGCAGCCAUCCCCGACCGCCGCCGGGAGGGGGACCGAAGAGAGACUGAGUCCAGGGCUGCGCAGUCGGACGGCGAGGGGCUUGCGGCUUGCAGCGCCGAGCAGAAAGCAAAGCCAGCCGGUUCGCGGGGACAGGAACCUUCCUGGGGCAGUUUGCGGGAAGCCGUGUGUGUCCUACGUCUCAAGGGACAGUCUUCGUGCACACCCUCCUCCUGCCGUGUGAGGAGGGGAGGGGAGUCAUUUCGCCUGACUCUUCCCACAGCCCCCCGUCUCUGUGUGCUUGCAUCCGAGCGUUUGGCAAGCUGAUCCCACCAUUUCCCCGGCCAAGGCUUGAUAGCCCCAUUUUACAGAUGAGGACACUGAGGCUCAAGCGCGUCUUCCAGGACUCAUUGUGAGGCGCCACUCCAGGAAACGCUGAUCUGGUUCCAGCCCGGCAUCGCACAGGGAGCUCCAGGACCAGCAGGAUGGGGUCAGCCUGUAUCAAAGUCACCAAAUACUUUCUCUUCCUCUUCAACUUGCUCUUCUUUAUCCUGGGCGCGGUGAUCCUGGGUUUCGGGGUGUGGAUCCUGGCCGACAGGAGCAGUUUCAUCUCUGUGCUGCAGACCUCCUCCAGCUCGCUCAAGGUGGGGGCCUCCGUCUUCAUCGGCGUGGGGGCUGUCACCAUGUUCAUGGGCUUCCUGGGCUGCAUCGGUGCCAUCAAGGAGGUCCGCUGCCUGCUGGGGCUGUACUUUGCCUUCCUCCUCCUGAUCCUCAUCGCUCAGGUGACUGCUGGAGCCCUCUUCUACUUCAACAUGGGCCAGCUAAAGGAGGAGAUGGGCAACGUCGUGACCAAGCUCAUUCAGAACUACAAGGAUGGUCACGAGGACAGGCUGCAGGAGGCCUGGGACUACGUGCAGGCUCAGGUGAAGUGCUGUGGCUGGGUCAGCUUCUACAACUGGACGGACAACGCUGAGCUCAUGAACCACACCGGUGUCACCUACCCCUGUUCCUGUGAGGACCAGGAGGGGGAUGACAGCUUCCCUGUGAAGACGGGCUUCUGUGAGGCCCCUGACGGCAACAGGACCGAGAGCGGGAACAACCCUGAGCUCUGGCCCGUGUACCGUGAGGGCUGCAUGAAGAAGGUGCAGGUGUGGCUGCAGGAGAACAUGGGCAUCAUCCUAGGCGUGUGUGUGGGCGUGGCUGUCACUGAGCUCCUGGGGAUGCUCCUGUCCAUCUGCCUGUGCCGGCACAUCCAUUCCGAAGACUACAGCAAGGUGCCCAAGUACUGAGGCAGCUGCUGCCCCCACCUCCCUGCCCGUCCCCCAGCCUCAUGGCUUCUCGGGGUCUCCCUGGCUCUUCUCCAGGCUCACCUCCCACCUCCCUCCCCCACACCCAUCCUGUGCCGGCUGGAAGCAGGGGGCUUUCUGGGGCCUGGACCCCUGUCCCUACCUUUUUGCCUCCAGACUUGAGCCCGGGUGCUCUGUGGAUCCUCAGCUUACCGCCAGGGCUCUCUUAGCAAUCCAGAGAAAACGCUCCCCGCAGCGUCCCUGCACAGGCGGACUGGGUUUCUACCUGCCUUGGGAGCUGUAUAUACUGGAUGGCAAAGUGUAUUGAAAAUUGAGGGUCGGGGUGGGGGUGGGGGGUGGAUAAGGCACCCUGGGCUGUCAGGGGAUGCCCACUGCGUGGGUAGACUUUUUUUCCACGAUAACGCUUCUGUCUUUGGUUUUCACAUUUUCAUUGAAGGCAGUGGGAGAGGGCGGGCUUCGCCUGACCGUAGGAGCAGCAACCCUUCCCCGGGUGGCCCCAGCCCCGCCCUGGCAGCUCAGCUCAGCCCAGGCUGUGCCGUGAGCUGGCAGAAGAGCCCCCUAGACAAGGGAGUCUGGACUGGCCCCGGGCUGCUUAGGGAAUCCGAAGGGCGAACCCUUGGGGCAUGACACAGAGCUGACCCUGCAUUCACCAGGAUCCCGCGCUAUCCAGGGACGGGGGGAAGGAUGCUUUCCCCCCCGGGAGAAGCUAGGCUGGCCUGUCGUCUGCCCCCUAGGGAAUGGGUGGGUGAGGCUGUGCCUUGUGAGGGGGUGGGGAGAGGCUCUGUGCGUAGCUCUGUGAAACAUGUUCGAGGUUUGACAACUAACUAUUAAAGAGGAUUUGUAACAAUCCA